AUGAAGUUGUUCGUUUUACUUUUUGCUAUCGUGGCAGUAGCGUACGCUCGCCCACAAGGAUAUGGCGGUGCCGCCGAUGCUAAUGCUGGAGCUACUGCCAAUGCCGAAGGCGGUCAAUAUGGACCACCUGGUCGUGGUCCCGGAGGACCUGGCUUUAUAGGAGGCGGAUACGGAGGAGAUGGCGGACACGGAGGUCAUGGCGGACGUGGCGGUCAUGGCGGUCAUGGCGGUCAUGGCGGUCACGGCGGCUCGGGCUUCCCCGGCAGGCCAGGUGGCAAUGGGGGCACCGGCAUGGGCGUAGCCAGGUAG